UCUUUUAUGUGGCGAGAGAGAGGAAAAAAUAAGGUGGAGGGGGGCGGGUGGGUGCUGGCGCUUUCGCGGGGUCGGGGUCCGCAUACGGAAGCCUCGCAAGUGGCUCGAGAGGACGGGACACCCGACGCUCCGUGCUAGGUCGGCUGUGCGUGCGUGCGUGCGAGCGAGCGAGCUUCGCGAGCCUCGCUCGCGGUCGUCGCUGCCCGAGCGGCCGGCGGAGUUGUCGGGCUCCGUCUUCUCUUCUCCUCCUUCGUCCGUGACAGCGGCGACCGCUCCGGAGCACGUUAACUUGUGUCGCCCACCCCAUCCCCCCGUGUCUCACUUGAUCCUUUAUCCCCCCGUGACUUUGAUAUUGAUUGUGUGCAGACGGGCGUUUGGCUCAUUGAGGAUUUCGUCGUUGUUGUUGUCGCCUUCGCGAAUGUGGCAUCGAGAUGAGCUGUUUUGGAGGAAGUGGGGGGGGGGGGAGUGGAGGAGGCUGGGAAGACCCCCCUUUGCCGCUACCACCCCAGUGUCGUUGUCGCCCCCCAUUAGAGUUGUUUCUGAUGUUUGCAGCAUUAGGAGGUUCCGACUGCACUUCCUCCGUGCCGGGCAGCAAAGCGAAGCCCAAAGUGGUGCUGCGAAGCUGCGCGCCGCAUGCACGGUUCGGCGUGCUUGCUUGCGUGCGUGCGUGCGUGCGUGUGUUGGCCCACACAAGGACAAGCAAGCCGAGAUUGCACCGUUUUCUGGACAUUGUGGCGUGAUUUUUCGUUCUUUCUUUCUUUGCUAUCGACUGACCCCAAGGCGAUGCAGUUCUUCUUUUUUGACCCCUAAAAACAUUUCCUGCCUCGUCCCGUUGUAGUUGCUCUCUGCCCUCACCUGUACUUGCUGUUUUCUUACUCGUGGUGCCGUUUUCUUUCUUUGUGUGUGUCUUCUCAGUAAUGUUUUGCAACAUUGAGCCAAGACACAGAUUUUACAUUGGAAAAAAAAGAAAGAAAAAGAAAAUCAUACGGCACACCAAGAUGUCACAAAUAGUGGAUACACAGGUUCAUUAUGUACCCUCCGCCGUCUAUUAUAAGAGAGUUCAGGGUGUUUCCUGGCUCCAAUUGAGGCGGAGGUGGCACCAUUCUGAUCAUUAGCGCACGUGGCUCAAACAAACACUUUUUCUCUUUUCAGUAUUGGCACGUACGUUUGCUGUUCUUGACCGUUUAGUUUUCGUGAAAGAACUCAUCACCACCUUGCCUGAAAAAACACUUUACGAGAUAUCUCUGAAAAGUGCAAAACAAGGCGUAGCGCUCGUUAAACAAAUAUACAUAUAUAUAUAUAUAUAUAUAUAUAUAUAUAUAUAUAUACCCUAGGAAAUGUGAUCCGCUUGAUUACAAAAGUCCAUGAAACUGCCUGAGACAUUUGCAGCGCUUCUUUUUUCUCGGACAGUUUUCGGGGCAACUUCCAUCUGUUUGCCAUGCAGCGACCCGGUCGGCGUGGCGUGAUGCUGCCACUGCAACUGAGAAAUAACAUCCGGCUCCCAACUAUCGCGACGCUGGUCCGAUAACCGUUUUCACGUCACACACUUGAGAGCCAGAGGUGGCGUCGCUAUACGUCGCUGGUGUACACACUUGGACAAAGAUAUAAUACAAUAUUUGCAGUCAAUAAAUGUCACACCCGCGCGGCCGAUGGCAGCGGUUGGGAAUCGCUAUUGUUCUGCGCUUGCUUGCGGUGCUGCUUAACGUGCUGACAAUUUGCCCCAAAUCUGUUGACUUUCCGUGCAAGGCUUCGUCACUGCAGAGAACCUUGAGGCUGUUUGUCAGCAUUUAGAAGGGCACCAAAAAAAGUACCCCGUAAAGAGGCCCGCUCUUUAAAGCGAACGAGCAAUUUCAUUCUGCAUAAAAGAUGUGAAGUAUAUAUAUAUCUUUUAGUAUGAUGACAAAAAGAGAUUUCAUUGUCCUUUAUUAGUCUAAUUGGAUCGGUUAACUGGAGCCCUAUCACGAGCCGGCGUGAGGUCGUGCGCGACGUCUGUAAACAACUCGCGUAUUGAAACUGGACUUUUUAAACAUGCAAUUUCCAUUCACACGGGGAUUGAACAACAGAGGAAUUCCAUUCUUGUGUGCAACGGCAACAAAAAAAAGAGAUAAAAGUACGCAGCGUUUCUUUUCUUUUCUACAUGGAAAGAGCCACUUGCUCUCAGGAAAUUGUAUCAUGUUUGACCUCGGAGGCAAUCUAGCAGAAAGGAAGUUUUCUUGUGACUCAAACGUUGCUUCAGAGUAUAUACUGUAUUGUCCUGAAAUGGUUUUCUCUUUGCAGCCAAUUAUUGUAUGGAAAGAAAAACGCAUCAGACUGACUCGACUACCCUGCGAGGCAUGUUGUGUUAAAGAAACACCUAUGCAGGUGGAUUCUUCACUAAUGAAUGUAGGGGAUGGAGGCACGGUGAGCAGAGAAAUCAGUGCUCCAAAUAAGGUGUCCACGAGCAUGGUGGGAAAUCCUCCCCAAACGCUGCCCCUCGAGUUUCGAGGCGACGUUACCCUCGGUCAGCAAAACAAGACCGCUCCGACGACAGACUGUAAGACAGCGAGGGCCUGCCCGGACACCAGUAAUUACAACCUCGGCCCCGAGCUUCCUCCGCCCCGGCAGCUCGACAAUGAACCGAUGUCGAGCUCGGCCCCCGCCGGCGCCGAGAAGACGACAGACAAAAGAGCGGUAGAGGCCGCUAAAAUCAAGGACGACGGCACGGGGGCCUUCCCCGCUCCUCAGCGGUCGAGCGGCAUAAAAGCCAGCCGGGAGGACUCGGCCAAUCCCUGUCGCAGCAAGAAAUCGCAGACGCAAACGCCAUCUGCUCCACCUGGUUUCCAGUGCUCCUUGUUCAAACCAGCCCAGCCAGUUGCCUUCCUGCCUUCCACCGAUUUCUCCUCCCCCCUUUGUAAAGUCACUCUCCCACCAGCAUUGGGGCAGAUCGCGGCUUUGAGAGAAGCCACUGCUAGCCAGUUUCCAAAAGACAUUCAAGCUCAAACCUCAGGUGUAGCAGGGACGCCCCUUAUGCGGACCUAUCACUAUCCCUUCUCCAUGGCCCGGAUUCCGGCUUCUGACAAAAAAUCCUCUAAACUUAAAGUCAACCAUUCGUCCAGCAAGAACGCCAAAUCUGUUGGGGAACAUAAGUCCUUGGCCUCGGCGGCGGCUUCGCCGGGCACGGCCCUGCCGCCGCAGCACCCGUCGCUGAACUCCGCGGCACCCACCCGCUACACGUUGUCGCCCACUGCAGCCAUUUGUUGCGGAUCCGCACUAGCCACCAUCGCCUCUCAGAGUAGACUUCUAAACCAGGUGGAGAAGAGCCUCAGCUUAGACAAGAUUGCCACGGGCGCUCUGAAAACGGAGGAGCACAGAGUAGCAUGCUCGCUAGAGCCGAGGGACGUACCCCUGGAUUUGUCGGCCAAAUCGAAACGUCCAAAAUGCACAAAUGACCCUGCGGUUUCAACGAAGGAGCCUCAAAGCAGCGAGUCCAAUAAAAUGGACCUUGUAAACUCAAAGAGGACAUAUAGCGCAACUGGGCAAUAUCCCGUUUUACCCACUACCCACAGAAAUGGAUCCCAUCCAAAGCAAUCGAUCCGGCCUCAGAAUCACCACGUCUCUGAACCUAAGCCGGUAUGGAGCAAGGGGGCUUCACAAGAGCCCAUUAAAAAUAUCCCUGGAACAUACGUAGGCGUAGCGAGUCCCAUACUGGCCUCUACACUUCGCGGAAAAGAUGGAAAAGGGACUUUUGUAGAAGAGUUCCAGAGUUUUGCUAAGCAGGAGUUUAUAUCAAUAAUCGAUCAAGGAGAACAAGUAACCUCAGGAGGUAAGAAGCCCCCCUCGCUGAAGCAUGCUCACAACGUCAAGCAUGUUAAAAACACGAGCACAGCCAUCACCAAGAAGUGUCCUGCCAAAGGAGCCCUAAUGACGGCCCUCUCGAGCGCAACAACCGCGCAUCUGAAGUCUGGCAAAGCGGCGGGUCCCUACUCGGCGUGGCAACAGUCCCCGCAUGCUCCGCACCAAGCAUCUUCGGCUCAGAGAAAAAUCUCACCGGGUUCCCAAACGGCCAAAGGAACUGUGGAAAGUUCCAAGUUCCAGAGUCCCUCCAUACCUGCGGAAGAUUCGAAGGUGAACCCGUCUGCGCUCUCUAACCUCGCGUCCAUCGUGAAGCAGCAAGACUUGGAAACAUCCGCACCAGCGAGCGACGCUCUCGCUGUAGUGUCGAGAAAAGACAGUGUUAUGACUCUUCUCAAAGACACCCCGUCCAAACAGGCCUCUCUAAAUGAACCCCCAGCAAGCUGGUCCACGGAAAACUGGCCUGGAGUGUUGUCUCGAGGAGGUUUGACUCCAUCCAGGAAGAGGCCGGAAAGGUCGAAACCCACCGAGACCUCGGAGAAUAACGCAGAGAUACACAGUCAUCGGGUAGAACACAAGCACGGUUUUUCUAAGCCCUUUGGACAGUCUCAUAGCCUCAGAAGCAACGCAUCAACAAAUGGCAACAGGCUGGACAGCAAACUGGCUCAGGUGUUGGAGGGGGAGGUGCUGAAAAUAGACAGCAAAGAGUCAGAUGCUCCUCCGGAUGAAAACCUGGGAGGUAUAGUUGCCUCUAUUCUGUCACGCCGGUCCCCGGGUCGAGGCGACGAGAAGAAAACAAACGGAACCAAAGAAGAGUCGCCAACCAAAGCUGUUAAACAGAAGAAAGUUAGUCCUAAGAAGCCCACAAAGGAGAGGUCACCAGUGGAGUCGGCAAAGAAGACGACCGGAGAGAAGGAGAAAGACGUUACACCGAUCAAAGUGUCUUCCCAAAAGAAGCAGAAGAAACAAAAAACAUCGGAGUUGGAGCAACGACUUUCCUGUCAGAGUCAAGAGCAGACUUGGAAGGACGAGGAACCCCACGACAAAACAGAUGGCGGCAGCAGUCCCGAGGGUGAAGAGACUCGUGCCUUGAAGUCCGGAGCGGCCGCUAAGGAGGCCGCCGUUAAAGAGGCCUCCUUCCCGAGGUUGAGGAGAGGACGGCGGCGCGCAGACGAGGCCAGACUGGACCUUUGGGGCUUCGCGACGCCUUCCCCCCCUCCGCCGCCGCCGCCGCCGCCGCCGCCCCUUCCAAUGGCCCCUUCCCCCUCACUCCCGCGGACGCCGGCCCGCCGUCCGAGAGGGAGGCCUCGCUCGUCAAAGCGGGACGUCCGGAACAAGGUCAAGGCGGGCGACGCGGAGGACGACGCCCCGGCGCAUAAAAGACGGCAGCACUGCCGUAACAGAAAGUACCAGAUGGGGGAGUACGUCACCGAGACGGACAAACUGGAAGAAGGCGAGCACCUUGAUGAGUCGGACAGCGGAAUCACAGCGGAUGCACAGACGGCUCAGUGUCCGAGUCCUGCCGCUUCCAGUCCGGAGCCGGCACCUGUCCGGAGACCCUCCUUCACGCGCUCGGGAUCGGUUCGUUACCAGGCCGGCGACGUAUCGCUGGAGUCCAACGACAAGCCUUCUGGGAAGAGGAAGUUCAAAAGCAAACAUUUGUGUGACAGUGAUGAGCAAAAGACAAAGACCAAGCGCAGCAGCUUGGGCAAACGCGGCGCCGCCGCAGCUCUGGAUGAGGACGCGACCACGGAGAACAGCGGCCCCCCGCCCCCUGCCAAGAGCCUGCCGUCAUCGUUGUCCGGCAAAAUGAGCUCGUCAGGGAAAAACGGGAGCCCGGAGUCUCCCCCCAAACGGCCGAUCCCUCCCGAGGUGCGGCGGCUGAUUGUCAAUAAAAAUGCUGGGGAGACGUUGCUGCAACGUGCCGCCCGUUUGGGCUAUCAGGAAGUGGUGCAGUACUGUCUCGAAAAGGACAUCAGGGAGGUGAAUCGGCGAGACAACGCGGGCUACACCGCCCUCCACGAGGCGUCCUCUCGAGGCUGGACUCAGAUUGUCCAGAUGUUGCUGAAACACGGCGCCGAUGUCAACUGCAGCGCUCAAGAUGGAACACGGCCGCUUCAUGACGCGGUGGCUAGCGACAACCUGCCCAUCGUGUGGCUGCUCCUCAACCACGGCGCAGACCCGACGCUGGCCACCUACUCGGGGCACACCCCGGUCAAACUGGCGCACAGUGACACCAUGAAGUCCUUCCUUACAGAGUAUUUCAUCGACCUGGAAGGGCGCGGUGAGCAGGAUCCCACCUUGCACUGGGACUUCUACAGCAGCUCCUUGUUUGAGACGGGCGAGGAGCCCUGCUGGGACUAUCUGCUGUCGCAGCAGAACCAGGAGUCUGCCGGGGGCGAGUGCGGGAACGCCGACAGGGAAUGCGACAAAGACACCCUGGUGUUCGAGUUCUCCUCGGAGCCUCUCCUGCCCUGCUACCACCUGCAGGUGUCCGUAACGCAGGGCUUUUGCAACUGGUUCCUGCUGUCGGACGUGCUGAAGCGUCUGAAGACGUCGGCGCGCGUCUUCCGUGCCCGCCACCCUCACUUGGAGGUGGCCGGCUUGUCUCGUAUCGAGCUCGGCCGGCAGGUUCUCAUCAGUCAGGUGGGCUCGCCUCUGGAUUCCGCCAGCAAGGACAAAGUUGAGGACGACGAGGCGGAGGAGGAGGGCGAAGAGGACGAGGAAGAGGGGCUGGUGCAUUUGGUGCGCUGCGUUCCCGAGCUCCAGAGACUGCUGGGCUCCUCCGUUCACAUCCUGGAAGACGACGACGACGAAGAGGAGGACGAGGAGGAGGAGAAGCCGCGAGGUCGGUAGCCCAGCGCGUGACGAACUCGAACAUCUCCGUCCGAUCUCUCACGUUUCAGGUUCCUCCCCCGACUUGUGCUCAGGCAAGUCCGGGCCGUCCCUUGAGACGAAACUACCGCACAAUAGUCACACAUUGGAACCCGCAGCCCUCCUUUUUCCAAACGCCUUUACUCCACCCUCCUCUUCCUCGACAUGUUUGUGGUGGAUGGACCUCAGAGCUGCAAUGACACAAACCCUCCUUCACUGAAUCCUUUUUUUUUUUUUUUUUUUUUUCCCCCCCCCCUCUCCCGGACACGUGCGGCUUUGUUCUUUGUGUCUCUGGACAGCUCAAUUUGUUGUGCUUUAUUUAAUGUUCCUUAAUAUAUUUGACCUCUUGUCUAUGUAUGAUAGUUGCUUUGUAUGGUCGGUGCUUCAUGUACUUAUUAGGAUCCCUUUAUUUGCCCCGAACCCGGUUUGAAAACAGUAUUUGAGAGCAAGCGAAAGUACAGUUUUAUUGUACUGGUGCUAUAAUAGAUUUUUUUUUUUUGUGUUGACAAUCAAUGAAGUUUUGGUUUGGAAUCACAAACUUAAUAAAAAUGAAAAAAGAUAUUUAAGAACCGUUAAGAAAGUGGAGUUGAUUUUAAGAAGAAGAAAAAAAACAAGAGCGAGGAGUGCGUCAGUGUUGCAAGAGACUUUUGUUUGAUUCUUUUAUAAGAAAUCAAGAAUAAAGCAUG